AUGGCCUCCCUCGAUAAGCUCGCCAUUCGCGGCGUGCGCUCCUUCGACGACAAAAGCAUCAACAUCAUCCAAUUCUUCCAGCCACUUACUGUCAUUGUGGGCUAUAAUGGCAGCGGCAAGACCACCAUCAUCGAAUGUCUCAAGUAUGCUACCACGGGCGACUUGCCUCCCAACACCAAAGGCGGUGCUUUCGUCCACGACCCACAGAUGGCCACCUCCAACGAAGUCAAGGCGCAGGUCCGACUGCGCUUCUAUGCGGCCAACAAGGUGCGCAUGAACUGCGUUCGCAACCUCCAAGUCUCGCGCAAGAAGGGCGGCGGUCUCACCAUGAAGACGCUCGAAGGUCUUCUCCAGAUCGCUGACGACGAUGCCAAGACGGGAAAGCGCGGUACAUUGUCCACGAAAUGCUCCGAGCUCGACGAGGAGAUCCCUCGCCUGCUUGGCGUGUCCAAGUCCAUCCUCGAGAACGUCAUCUUCUGCCACCAGGAAGACAGCAAUUGGCCCCUCUCAGAGCCAGCUAGCUUGAAAAAGAAAUUUGACGACAUCUUCGAGGCAACUCGCUACACCAAAGCACUAGACAACAUCAAGUCUUUGCGCAAGGACCGCACCCAGCAGCUCAAGGUCGACAAGGCAGCCCUCGAGGGUCUAAAAGUCGACAAGGAUCGCGCAGACACCAUCAAAAGCAAGCUCACACACCUGCAGGCCGACCUUGCGCAGAAGGAAGCCAAGCUCGAAGAUCUCAACGAGGAGAUCCGCGUCAAGACCGUGCAGAACUCCAAGUUCUACGACGAGGCCACACGCUUCCGCGAGAUUGUGAACCGCGCAGAGACGUUGGAGGAGAAGGAGAGGCUCCACAAGGAGAACAUGGAGGCUCUGCAAGCGACUAUGACGCCAAUCAAGGACACCGACGAGGAGCUGCAGAAGCGCAAGCAAAAGUUCCAGUCGCAUCUCGAUCAAAACCAGUCAAAGAUCCACACGCUCAAGCGACGUCAGGCUGAGAAGGAGGACGAGCUGGAAACACACGAGCAGCGUCAUCGCAAGAAGCUGUCAGAGAAGGGUGGUCUCGAUGCCGAAAAGCGAGCACACAUUCAGGCGAAAGAGAAGCGCGAAGUUUCGAUCAAGCAGAUCGGCAACGAGCUUGGCAUCAAAGGCUUUGGCGGUGAUGGGCUCACCGAUGCCCAGAUCCGAAGCUUCGAGGAUCGUGUCAAGGAGGAGGUGCGCAAGCUUGACGAUGAGCUGGCAAGUCUGCGCGAAGCCGACUCGAAGAAGGAUGACGACCUGACCACAACGUGGCAGAACCUGCGCGCCGAGCUGCGAGCAAAGCUGAACGCUCGCGAGCAACUUACAGAUUCCGUGCGCAAGCUUCGAGAAAAGAUUAAGAGGGCACAAGACGAGCUUGACGGCUACGCCCUCAGCGGCGUCGACAUCGAAGCGGCAGAACGUGAUCGAGACGGCCUCUCCACCAAAGUGGCUGCAGCGCAAAAGGAGUUCGAGGACGCAAAAUACGAGGAGCAGAUCCGUAAGAAGAAUGCGGACAUCCGCGAGAAGGACGAUUUGCGCGAGGAACGCACUUCCGAGAUCAAUCUGCUCAACCGCCAUGCGGAGCUACGCGCCUCGCUUGGCUUGAAGAUGCAGCAGGCGACCACACGCAGGAACACAGCUCAGGAGCAGUUCGACCGACACAAGGCUGCUCUGGCUGAUCGAGUGCGUCCCAAUAUGGAGCUGCGCGACGUGGAGAACGAAGUUGCACGAGCACUCUCGAAGCACGAGAAGCGACUCGAGGAGCUCGAAUCGGCGAACGCGGUCAAGAAUCGAGAGCUGCAGCAGGUCGAGUCCGCAAUCUCGUUCGCCAGCAAGCAGCUCAAGACCAAGCAGGAGAUGGCAGCGGAGCUACAGCAGGCCAUCAAGACGAUUCUUGCUGGCGACUUCAAAGACGCGGAGGAAGCGGUCAAGGUCUGUGCCGAAGAAAUCGCUGCCGCCAAGGACGAGUAUGCGUCGAUCGACUCGCUCGACUCUUUCCUCCGUCGAGUUCUGCGGGAAGCCAAGGGCAAAGGUCACUGCUUUGCGUGCAACAGAGGCGUCACACCGAGCGAGUAUGAGGCGAUCGAAAAGCACGUCUCGUCCACGCUCAGCUCGAGCAACACUGCCCAGAAGAAAAAGACGCUGAAGGCCGACAUCGAUGGCUGGACCGAGCGCAACGCCGAAUGUCAGACCGCGCUUGCCAAAGAUGCGCAGCGCAAGGUCAUCCAGGACGUCGAGAUCGUCGAGCUUCAAAAGACGAUCUCGUCCAAGGAAGCUGAGCUCGAGGUAGCAGCAGAGGCGGCGGAGGCAUCUUCUACCGAAUUGACCCAGAUACAGGCAGAGCUCAAAGAGCUCCAGGUACUGCGUCGCGUUGGCAGCGAUAUCGCACGAUUGCUUUUGGAAGCGAAUGAUCUGGAUGCAGAGGUGCAGAACCUGCAGAGUGACCUCGCGUCUACCGGCUCGACUCAGACAGGCGAGCAAGUGCAGGCUGAGAUUGAUCAGCUCGCCGCGACGAUCAAGGUGCUCAAGCGCGAGCUGAAUGCUCUGCAACAGGACCGGGAAACCAAGCGUACCUUGAUCAACAGCCUGGAGCGCGACACUCAUCGAGCCGAGGUGGCCGUGAUCACCAAAAGGCAAGAAUACGCCAAAAAGACAUCGAUCGAAACGCAGCUGCAGGAGGUCAGCGCUGACCUUGAGGAGCAGCAGAAACGCAUCAAGGGCCUCGACGCCGAGGUUGAAAGCGCCAAUGGCCCCAUUCGUCGGGCCAAGGACGAGCUCGAGACGUUCAAAGCAGAGGCGAGCGAGGCGGAAAGCAAGCUCAAGGGCAGAGCGGACAAACUCGAAGGAUGGGCAAAGCAGAUCCGUGAGCUCAAUGCCGCGGUCAAUGCCUACAUCCAGCAGAGAGGCGACCAGCGUUUGGAGGAAUGCGUUGAGGCCAUACAGGAGCUCGUCGACAAGAUUCAAGGCAUUCAUCGAGACAUCAAGGAGAUCACUGACAAGACGGCAGAGCUGCAGAAAGAGGUCAAUCAAUCUCAGGCGACCGAGCGCAACAUCCUCGACAAUCUGCGCUACCGUCAGCUUGCCAAAGACGUUGUCAAAAUCGAGGAGGAGAUCAACUCGUUGGACCUCGAACAGGCGCAGCGCAGUCGAAAGCACUUUGCCGACAAAUAUACCCAAGCCAAAGAAGAGGAGAACAGGCUCAACGGAGAGGCGUCUCACUUAAGCGGAGAGCUCGCAUCGCUCCGAUCGCAGAUCAAAGGUCGCGAGCUCGAGCUGCGAGACGAGUUCAAAGGCGUCCACCAGAACUACAAACGCAAGCUGAUCGAGGUCAAGACAUCCGAGAUGGCCAACAACGAUCUGGAAAAGUAUGCAAAGGCGCUCGAGAACGCCAUCAUGCGAUACCACGCGAUCAAGAUGGAGGAGAUCAACGACAUCAUCCGCUACCUGUGGCAGAAGACGUACCAGGGCACCGAUAUUGACACGAUCCUAAUCAAGUCCGACAAUGAGGGCGCGCGAGGCAACCGGUCGUACAACUACCGCGUGUGCAUGGUCAAGGAUAUGGUCGAGAUGGACAUGCGUGGUCGCUGCUCCGCCGGUCAGAAGGUGUUGGCCUCGAUCAUCAUUCGCCUUGCGCUUGCAGAGUCUUUCGGCAGCAACUGCGGCAUCCUGGCGCUCGACGAGCCCACGACGAACUUGGACAAGGACAACAUCGAGGCGCUGGCGAGGAGUCUGGCGGACCUGAUCAAAGAGCGCGCGGAGAACAGCCAGUUGCAGCUGAUCGUGAUCACGCACGACGAGGAAUUUCUGACACUGCUGGGGCAGAACGAUGUGCUCGAGUACUACUGGAGGGUCAGCAGGGAUGUUCAUCAGAAGAGCAUCAUUGAGCGCGAGCGGAUCCGCAAUGUUUGA